AUGGGCUCUGCCCGCCGGGAGCUCUGCCCGCGGUCCUCGCCGCGCUCUCGGACCGACAGCGGGUUCAUCGCACUUAUCGGCGUGGGUGGGCUAGCUCAGGCUCUCUGUGUCAGGCUCAGCAGUCAUCAGCUCCCUGAGUCCGAGCACCCAGUGUCUGUCGGUGAACAGAGACAGCAGUUAAACAGUGACCUUAGCGACCUGUAUAAUCACGUAUCUUGUUAUCCUGACAGGUUUGCAAAUGUCACCCAUGAAGUCCUCAAUGCCACCCUCCACACCACUCUGGCUGCUACGACCAAGCUGGUGGCACCUACACCUCCCAAACCCAUCCUUCCCGUUCAGACUGGGGUCCAGGCACAGCAAGAGGAGCAAUCCAGUGGCAUGACCAUUUUCUUUAGUCUUCUUGUUUUAGCUAUCUGCAUCAUAUUGGUGCACUUACUGAUAAAAUACAGGCUCCAUUUUUUACCAGAGAGCGUGGCUGUUGUGUCCUUAGGUAUCCUCAUGGGAGCUUUUAUAAAGAUCAUCGAGGCUCAGAAGCUGGCCAACUGGAAGGAAGAAGAAAUGUUUCGCCCAAAUAUGUUUUUUCUGCUUUUGCUUCCACCUAUUAUAUUUGAGUCUGGAUAUUCAUUGCACAAGGGUAAUUUCUUUCAGAACAUUGGUUCCAUCACACUGUUCUCUGUGUUUGGCACUGCAAUAUCAGCUUUCAUCGUAGGUGGAGGAAUCUAUUUCCUGGGUCAGGCUGAUGUAAUUUAUAAACUCAACAUGACAGACAGUUUUGCAUUCGGCUCUUUAAUAUCUGCAGUUGACCCUGUGGCUACUAUUGCCAUUUUCAAUGCCCUCAACGUGGACCCUGUGCUUAACAUGUUGGUUUUUGGGGAAAGCAUUCUCAACGAUGCAGUCUCCAUUGUCCUCACCAACACAGCAGAAGGCUUGACAAGGGAGAAUAUGUCAGAUGUAAGUGGAUGGCAAACCUUUCUGCAGGCACUGGGAUACUUCCUGAAGAUGUUCUUUGGCUCUGCAGCACUUGGCACACUGACUGGUCUGAUUUCUGCAGUGGUGCUGAAGCAUAUUGAUUUAAGGAAGACACCUUCCCUAGAGUUUGGGAUGAUGAUCAUCUUUGCUUACCUUCCUUAUGGACUUGCAGAAGGGAUCUCACUCUCGGGUAUCAUGGCAAUCCUCUUCUCUGGCAUCGUGAUGUCUCACUACACACACCAUAACCUGUCCCCAGUGACACAGAUUCUGAUGCAGCAGACCCUGAGAACUGUUGCUUUCAUGUGUGAAACCUGUGUGUUCGCAUUUCUUGGCCUGUCCAUUUUUAGUUUCCCUCACAAGUUUGAAAUGUCCUUUGUCAUCUGGUGCAUAGUGCUGGUUCUGUUUGGUAGAGCAGUGAAUAUUUUUCCACUCUCCUAUCUGCUCAACUUCUUCCGUGAUCAUAAAAUCACCCCCAAGAUGAUGUUUAUUAUGUGGUUUAGUGGUUUACGUGGUGCCAUUCCCUAUGCCCUGAGCCUCCACUUGGGCUUGGAGCCCAUCGAGAAGCGUCAGCUGAUCGGGACAACGACGAUCAUCAUCGUUCUCUUCACCAUUCUGCUGCUGGGGGGAGGGACAAUGCCCCUCAUCAGGCUCAUCGACAUCGAGGACUCCAAAGCACGCAAGAGGAACAAGAAGGACAUCAACCUUAGCAAGACAGAGAAGAUGGGAAACACCAUAGAGUCUGAACAUUUAUCGGAGCUCACAGAGGAGGAGUAUGAAGCCCAGUACAUAAAACGCCAGGACCUCAAAGGCUUCAUGUGGCUUGAUGCCAAGUACUUGAAUCCUUUCUUCACCAGAAGACUCACACAAGAAGACCUGCACCACGGACGCAUCCAGAUGAAAACCCUCACCAACAAGUGGUACGAGGAGGUUCGGCAGGGCCCCUCGGGCUCCGAGGAUGACGAGCAGGAGCUGCUGUAG